UCGAACGUUACGUUGUAAAAAAAACAAGAUGGAGGCGGGAAGAUGUGUACUCGGAUGUGUAUUUGAAAUAUGAAUAUUUUCAAACAAAAUAUCGACUUGAUGUAUAUUACGCUGUAGUUUGAAUAAACGUGCACCUAUAGAAAUGAGCAAUUCCCACCCAGGUGCCGCAAACAGACCUGUGAAAGCUACGUUAUGUCGCUAUUUUGCCACCGACGGAAAAUGCUUCUUUGGAGAUUCGUGUCAAUUUGUUCACGCGAAACCUGGUGCAGGAUCUUCUCAGACAGGUGAGCUCGUUCAUUUACCUCUCUUAGGCCUCUUAGUUUGUUUUAUUACUCAUAUUGGUUUAGGCUUGAUUAAUAAGUUAAACCAAUGUAUGUUUGUGUGUUCGGUAAUUCAUAUUUUAUAAACCAAAUGUCGUAAAGAAUUGUGUUGUUUACCAAUUACAAACCAGUAAAUUGCUCGAGUACUCACUACAGGUAAUAACAUAAAUAACGUGUUAUGUGAAAGGGGAAAAAAUGAUCAAAGCACAAAGUUUCAACUUUCAAGACUAUGCGGUCAAAUUGUAUUUUGUACUGUAGUUAUAAAGACAGCUAGUCCAGGUGGCAGAGUAUGGCAGUUUUUGACAAAAAUUUAUGUGUACAAGUGUGCAGUCCUGUUUGAACUUUAUUCAAGUGUGCACUUGAGUUGAUGUUUAUAACUCGUUAAUGCCCAACACUCUCCCCUUGACUAGUACAAUUACCUGUCGUUUUAAUUGAGCUUAAUUAAUGGGUUAAUGUUUAAAAUUGCCAACAGUGUGUCAGUGUACAACAAAUUCAGUAGACAUAUAAAUAUGUGAGAAUUUAAUAUGUAAGUAUGCAAAGUUACUGUUACCUCAAUGGCCUUGUUUCCAUGUUUGCCUGUUUUGGCAUGGAAGUGCACACGAAAGUUACAGUAUCCCCAUGUUUCAUGUUCAAGUAGGUUUUUCUUUGAUCUUGAACCCAAUCACAAGGGUAGUCAAUUUAUCCCGGGCGUUCUGUGACUCCGGUCCGCGAUCAAAUCAGAUCAUGUCAGUGGCUCAACAUUUAGCAUUAAUUAACACAAUUCAAAUUCGUACACAAAUUAUGGAAAUUGGCACGAACUACAAAAUGGCCUCGAGUGACAGUGAAAUAACAUUUCUAAAAAAUAAUUUAUCGAAUUUUUAAAGAAGGGCAAUUUAAUAAUAUAGUAAUUACAGUCAUACAGUAGUAACUCCCCUGUGUUGUCUAGUAAUUCCACACUUACAAGUAUUAAUGUUUUCUCUGGUCCUGGCAAUAUGAAAGUAUAAAUUAAUAAUCAAUGAACAAGCAUGGAAGUAAAUGUCCCUUUCUCCAUUCUUUUGUAACAAGUUAAAAUAACCCUUUAUACUCCGUUAGCCACCCGGAAAGCACUAAUGGCCAUACCGUGGUGAAACACUUUGCUUGACUAAAGUUAAUUAAAGAUAUUAUUUUAAUUGAAAAAAAUACACUUAAAAAAUAAACCUGACCCUAACCCUAAUCCUAAUCUAACCAAAAGGUAUUGUAUAAAGGCAAUCUGAGGAAAAAUGUUAAAGAAAGAAAUAUGAUUGGCCAUUGCGGGAUUUGGACGCCAAUUAGCAGCAUGUAAGAAUGCACGCAACACCCUAGACAACCACGCCACUGGCACUCGCUGAAAUACAAAUGCAGAAAAUCUAAAUAUAUAGUGAUAAUAUAUAUAAAUAAAAGGAUCCACUGACAUUUAGUGAAUAUUGUGAUGGUAUGGCAUUUAUUAUUUUUCUAGCCACGUCAAGGAUCUCAAAUUUCAGAGGGGUUAGUUUGUGAAUUUUCUCAGAGGAUGUAAUUUGCAUGUACAUGGGAAUGUAUUUUAGACAAAAUAAACUAUAAACCAGUCAAUCAGUCAUAUUUGUUCUUUGAUGGUAAAUAUUCAAAUGAUGGCCCAUGUAUCUGGAAAUAUUUCCACUUUCUAUGUAGAUGAAAAAUAUUCAGCAAUAAAAUUCCUUUGGAAUUUUGAGUAAAACCUGAAUCGAACUUUGGGCGAUGUUAUUUAAAUAAUUUACUAGAUGCCGCUGACAUGAUCUGAUAUGAUCGUGGUGGGGGUCACAGAAUGCCCGGGAUAAAUUGACUACCAAUCACAAGAUUAUCCGUAACACUAUUAUGCACAAAACAUGAGGAAAUAGUAGGCUGAUGUGAUAUAUUAAAUGUCAGUUUUCAUCUCAUUUUAUUAUUGCUGCAGUUUUUGUUGCCCCCAUCACCAUACUGUGAAGACAAAAUUGUGACACAAAAUGCAUUUUUCAAUAGCCUGGUCAGGCACACAGUUGAUCAUGGGGAAAAGUCAUAAAAAACUACUAAAUGUUGCAAAGAUUUUUUGUAUGUGUUUACAAAAAUAAACGUGGAAGUGGAUUCAAGCUUACCCCCUCCCUCCUCCAAACAGCAGAAAUUUCAUGUUCAUUAACAGUAAAUCUUGAAUUCAGCUUCACAAAUCUCAAUGUUCGAACAGGUUCAGGUUCUUACAGCCAUGUUUAUAUUUUUAGGUGAUAAAAGUUUUACAGUCUUGCCAUCAACAAGUGUGUAUCCUUCAAAUGAUGCUGGUAAUAAAUAUGCUGCUGGAAAUGCUGAGACUAAUGCCUUAGCAAAGAACUUUUCAGGGAUGUCAGUAUCUGGCAUGGAGGUGAUAUAUGUACUGUAGAAGGUUUUAGAUUUGACUGGGAGUAGGACAUGUUGACUUCAAAUACAAAUUUGUUAUUUCAUUGCUAGUCACACCAUAUUUUUUUGUUUUUACUGGCUGCAUUAUAGGUUAGGGUAGCCUCCUCCAGUCAGAGGCUACUGUCUGGUUAUAUAGCAGAAUGAUGCAAUAUUUUACAAAUUACUGUAUACUGUACCUCAUAAUCUCCUGUUACCACUGUAGUGUUUGUAGCAUGAUUUACAAAAUUUAUAAAAUCUCAGUUCGGAUUUCUCCAAAAGCACUGUCCGUUUUAUGUCUUGAGCAUUUCAGAUUAAUGUCUUAAGCAUUUCAAACAUGAAACAAAUUUGUUAUUUUUUGGUUUCACUGUUAGUGUACUGAAAUGACUGAGCUACUGUAGAAUACAGUUGACCGUCAUUUUGACCGGGGACUUACUGGCCUUUAUUUUGAGCCCUGACUUGAACUUAUUACACAAAGAAAGUUGAAAACUUCAUAAUUUGUUCAUAAUAAUUUAUUAUGUUUCAGGCACCUGAGCAGAAUCUAGUCAAUUCUCUAUCAUCUAAAGGAAACAAUACUCCACGAAACACUACAGGAAACCAAGGCUUUGAGUUUCUGCCCACUGCAACGGUAAUGAAUUAGCAAUUUAUAUAUAAACUACUAAAAUAACUGUACCACUUGUUAAAUUAAUUUCUGACUUUGUCAAUAAAUUACUACCUCUAGGGCCAUUUUGAUUAUCAUUUUACAAUCUUAUCCUUAAAAUGAUAAAAUUUAUGAACCUAUAGUAUACACUGUACUUGCUUCUCAAAGCAUCUUCAGAUUGUGUGAAGCCCAUUAAGUCAGUUUGCACACAUUCCAGUCACACUAAUAUAUUUUAAUGUUCUCUAGAAUCACGUAAUUCAAUCAGAAUCUAUUGGGGGAACCACAUUCUUUUAUCCAGAAAACCAGCAGUCAGAACCAUCCAUUGUAAGUACUGUACCACUUAUAUGCUUAAUAUACAGUGAAAGCUUUGUCAGAAAGGUCUUUGAAAAUGCUUUUUAACUUUCCAUCUUUUACCGUCGAGAAUAUGUUCCGUUUCAUGUUGAAAUGUUUUAUUUUGGCUCCUUUUCAGUUUUUGUGCGUACAGUAUUAAAUCCUACAAAUACACGCAAUAUUAUAAACAGCAUUAACAUUCAAUCACUCGCUAUAUUAAUAGCAACAUGUAAAUAGCAAAGGUAGACAGUCAGCGAUACUAUUUAGUCAUUUUGGAAACUGUUUAGUCAUUUUGGAGGAUGUAGCUCUGUUGGAGAGGGCGGCUUACCACGAACCAUACUCCGCUGGGCUGUCGCAUAGUUAGAGAAGCUUCCGACCAUCCCGUUAAUCCGGCUUGACAACUUAAAACAGAUGCCGAGAAUUCAGCUCUCCAUGGACAGACACUUACCCAACUGUACGGACAAUAUACAGAAAUAUAUAAAAUGUACUCCCUGACCCAAAAUAACGACGGUUACAUCUGUGCAGCAAAAUCGAGAAACUGAAAGGAUAACAACUGCACACAAGCAAUAAGUAACUACAUAAAAACAAGAACAACAAGUUAAACACUUGCAAACAAGGAGACUAACUCAUCCAGAAUAGCUGGAGGUAUGUCCGCGUGCGGGCGCGGCAGGCAGUUACAACGAAAAAAACACCAAACAAGACAAGCGUCAAGCGCACCGAACUAUACAAAUAGUUAAUCUUAAGAUAAAUAUUAAUGCCCAGCAGAAAAUACGUAAAAGAGCCAUAACAAAAAUAUAGUUUAAAAUAUUUAUUAGAAAGCUAAGGUUUCGUCUUUAACUUAAGACAUCUUCAGAGCAAUGACAUACAAAGCGGAAAACACAAAAAUAUGAAUAAAUUACAACUAUUUACAAGAUAUUAUAUUACAAAAGUAGAAAGAGGAAUGGAUCAGAGUAGAAGUAGAGGGACCGAACUGCCUUGUAAGUUGAGAGAGGGUUUGAGUUUGUUAAUGACGGAGAAGACUUUCUCGAAUGAGGAGUUCGUCUGGAGAAGAGCAACAAGAAAUAAUGUUAAAGUCAUUAAGAGAAGCGGAGUGACCAGUGCUAUCAAAAUGGGAAAGGAUACUAGAAUAGAAGGAUAUUAUAAUUCUACUCUGAUCCAUUCCUCUUUCUACUUUUGUAAUAUAAUAUCUUGUAAAUAGUUGUAAUUUAUUCAUAUUUCUGUGUUUUCCGCUUUGUAUGUCAUUGCUCUGAAGAUGUCUUAAGUUAAAGACGAAACGUUAGCUUUCUAAUAAAUAUUUUUUAAACUAUAUUUUUGUUAUGGCUCUUUUACGUAUUUUCUGCUGGGCAUUAAUAUUUAUCUUAAGAUUACGAUUCCCGCCUGGUUCAUCUAUCACAAAUAGUUAAGUUAAUAUAACAAGACAGUAAAUAACAAGACAGGAAAAAAUACACGCUAGACAAAGGUGCGUCUGACAGGUAGCAAGAUCACAUGACACAGCACCAUCGAACGAUACAGGUACUUCUGAUUGGCAACAACCAGGCAACAAGUUACUACUGCAUUCUCCACUCGCAAAACAGCGGCAACAAGGCAAGCAAAACCUCUCACGACAGCUCUGGAAAUGACAUUGGGAGGGUGGGUGUAGGGGAAAGGCGUGUUCACACCACGGAGGGUUGCAAGCAAUGAGCUCAAGGUGAGAACUUGUUGCAUAACAAACCUCGGUAAGCCUGCAUAAUUAUCCAUAAAUUAACUAAUAUAUGAAUACAUAUUAAAACCACCAACUAUUUUUAUUUCAUAAAAUCCUUUAAAUGCUGUACAUCUGUUGAUGUGGUUGUUUCAUAAGUAACCUUUAAUGGGUUUUAACUUUUCCUACUGCGAACAACCUUAUUUUAGUCUUUGUUUUGAGUGAAAUGAUGGACAGUAUCUUAUUUUAUAUCUGAUGUUAUUCUCUUUGUGUAUUUUUAGAUUCUUCCUUCAUAUCAUGUUUAUCCGAGCACUCCCAGUCAUCUUGCUAACUUACAAACUGUUUCAAAGCCAAUGACAAACUCAUUCUUUAUUUCAUCGCAAAUACGGCAGGUAUAUAGUCAACUUGCUUGAUACUGUUUCUAAAUUCAUAAAAUUCUAAUUGCUUUAGAGUACAAUUACUUCAUUAAUAGGAAAUUCCAGCUAGAGACUAAAUGUUGAUCUAGGAAAAACAAAAUAUGUACAUCACCACAGCUAGAAAGAGCAUGGUAAAAUUAGUAAAAUUCCAAAGUUUGGCCACGAAAUGUCGUAAAAUGCGGAAAACAUAGCCCUGCGAAAUUUGCAAAUUUUGUAUUAAUUUGUAUUACGCGCGGGAAAAUGUACCACAUUUGGGCCGAAAGUCUUCUUGCCUAGAUCAAAAUUUAGUCUAUAGCUGGAUCAUCCAUUGUGCACUGUAGAAUUAAUAUAUUAGGAGCUGAGGAGGUUGUAUUAGCACGAUAAUAUUUCGUUCAUCUGGCAAGUUCCGGCCGUAAAACAUCCAGUUCUUGUAUGAAAGAUUCAGAGUCUCAGAAAAGAAGAAAGUUGUUGCAAUGACGUCCAUGGUAUCCGAAGCACAAAUGAAACGCUUGGUUCAUUAGAAUAGCAGUUGAAUGGUGUCAAAGCGGCCAUGGCUACAGCUAAAGAGGCUAUAGAGUGUGAUGUCUAUAUGUCUGCACCAGAUCUUGGUAGACAACGGAAAGAGAAUAAGACUUUUGUGGGAAAAAACUAAAUAUAAGAAAUGUGAAGAAAGGAACCGGAAAUGAAACACUAAAAUAAUAAUAAUAAUUUAUUAAAAACCUUUAUAAGAUAACACAACAGACAUUGGCUGAGGAUAUUAAGGCAAGUGUGGAAGAGUAUAUUAAUAUUUAACCGCUAUUUGUUGUGAUAAAUAAAAGAUCGAAAAUUGAAAAAAAAUUCUUGGCCCACGGAGAUACCUGCGGAACAUUUCAAGUGUUUGGACACGAAAGAAAUUAAAAAAUGGGUCACAUUGCUGCUCAGUAAAAUCAUGGAGGAGGGAAAGCUUCCAACGGUUUGGAGUACGAGUAAUAUAGUCAAAAUAUACGUGAGAAAGGAAAGCCACUGCAAAAAUCACAUCGAAAUAUUGACCAAAGUAUUGAACACAGGGAAACAGUGGGGAUAGAGAUUGCUGAAUUUAGUUGUCAGCCGGGAAAUGGAGCAAAUGAAACAAUCCUUGCACAAAUGUAAGGGAGGGUCGUAGUGCAGCAGAAAAGGAUAAUGAAGUAGCGGAAAGGAUUGGGAAGUAAAAGCCUGUAGAUAAAGUACUGUAUUGGUGAUGGAAACAACCGUUGUGAGGAUGGCAAUAUUAAUGGGAGUGAGUUAGCAUUAGUACAGUAGCAUUUGAAAAUGUCUCGGAUGGUGCUCAUGGAAAGCGGGUAAACAAAGAAUGAACGAUGAAGGACAAAGAUGGGAGAAAAGCCAAUGUAAAAUGUGAAUGAGGGACAAUGCGCAGUCGUCAGAGCAAGGGCCUUUCAUCUCUGAGUUCGUGGUUUCGAUUCUCGCACGGACUCAUGCGAAAAGAGUCAGUCAACGCUCUGCCGAAAGUUGUGGAUUUCUCAGGGUGCUUGGGUUAGGAUAAACACAGUUAAGAAAGUAAUAUCACAAUUGUUGUAAAGAUAAAAUAAUCUACACGGCAAAAACGCCGAGCCCGUUGCCCAACAGGACUGAACAAUGUUUUGCUGCCCACGUUGUUCACACUUGUCAACAACAUUGAACAAUGUUGUUGAGCCUGAAUCGGGUGUAACAAUAUUGUUGACAACUAUGAACAAUGUGGGCAGCAAAACAUUGUUCAAUCCUGUUUUCAUCAGUACUGCAUCAACCUGAGCGUUUUUACGCGUGUAGGCUAAGUAUGUAAUUAGGUAAGCGUAUAAUACUUGAUGUAAAGCGCAUCUGAUUAUAUCUGCUUGGAAAUUUGCGCUAUAGAAAUGCUAAUCGUAAUGCGGAUCUGAGGAAGAUGUGAAUGAUGAGGUUCGUUGGAUGGCGAGAUUGGAAAUGAAAAGGAUGAAGAUGGAAUUGACACCAGUUGUAGAGAUGGUGAGAGAAGAAACGCAGAAAAGUUAUGGAUACAAAAUAAGAGGAGGUGAAAGAAAGCCGUUGUUAGAGCGGAAGAUAAAAGGUGGGGACUGAAUAAGGAAAGGACGGACUGUCUAAAUAUUAUGGAUCUGAAGGUUGGUAGGGCUAGAAAAGAGUGGGGAACAAAGAUCCGACUAGAACUAGUGCUAGGUAAAAGAAGAAGAAGAAACUCAAAGCUGUUUUCUAUACGGAGAAAAUGCCAGCAGAUUGUUUCAAAACGAAGAAAACAUUGCCAACCAAAGUUUAAAUCUGGACGAAAAUUUACGCUUGAGACGAUUCUGUCUUUAAAAACGUUGUGGAAUUUACAGGGCUGUAUAAAACUUUACAAAUCAUUACCUCAGGUGGUAUUAUAUUAUUAAAAGGAUAGCAUACAGCAAAGACUACAGCGGACGGUUAGCCAAAACAUGUACAGUUGUCUUCAACAUUUGCGUAAGCAGUAGCAUGGUUUCUCGUGCACUUUGGAUGAAGCAAGCACUUGUAAGUUUUUCAAAGACCUCAAUCUCCACACGACGUGCUUAUUUUCGUGCUAUGUUCGUGAUCACUGAAAAUCCCACUCGUUUAUAUUUUAUCCAAAUUGCACUCGAAAUGAUCCUAUUAUACCUAUAUAGUCCUAUACAGUACUGUAUAUACGAAAAGUUUUCAUAAAAAUGCCAGCUACCAGAUUUAACUUAUUUUCAUGUUAGAUCAUGACGUUAACAUUUUAUGUUUUAGGACAUACUUAAUCAGCACUCCGCUACAUUGGCACAGUUAAAUCCGGAGGAUACGAGUAAGAAUAUUUAUUCUUAAAUUUACGUAACAGUUGUUCAUGCAUUAGGUUUUGCUAUAUUAUUUCUCUUGUUGAAUCAACUGUAAAAUAAAUUGGUUUAUUAAAGAG